AUGGUGGAUGAUUUGGAGCAGCUUCUUCAUGUCCGCAUCACUUCCCAGGUCACUAAAUCUCCUAUCUUUGUAUCGGUGGUUUACGGCAAAUGCUCUCGAAGAGGCAGAUAUCCUCUCUGGAACAAACUCAGAGAAAUCGCCGGGGAAAUGGACGGGAAACCAUGGCUAAUAGGGGGAGAUUUCAACACCCUGAGAUUAGAAACAGAGAGAAACGGAAGCUCAAACAACCGAUACAGAGAAAUGCUGGACUUUGUGGAGGUCAUUGAAGACUGCCAACUGUUGGACCCGGGUUUUGACAGUCCAGAAUUCUCAGGGGCCAGAGGAGACCUCAGGGAGAGACUGGAUAGGGUCCUCAUUGGGGAAGGCUGGUCUACCGCUUAUGAGAUCACUCGAGUCACGCAUCUUCCUCGGGUAUCUUCUGAUCAUGGCCCUCUCUUAAUUAGAUGCAAUGUUUGGGCGCAGCCCACCCGUCCUCCUUUCAGGUUUCAAAAUAUGUGGUGCCGACACCCGAUGUUCGGGGUGGAAGUUGCGAAGGCAUGGGAUUCAGACACCGGCUUCCGAGGGAUGCGGAAUCUCCAACUUAAACUCACGAGGCUAAAAGGAAUGCUGAAAAAGUGGAAUAAAGAGGUGUUUGGAAACAUUCAUAAUAAUCUUCGGAGAACAGAACAAAAUGCAGUUAGGGAUCAAACGGCCUUCGAUGCAGACCCCUCACCUUCCAACCGAGCUCUAAAAAAUAAAAGUUCGGCAGAGUACAUACUUCAAGUGAAAAUGGAGGAAGAUUUUUGGAGGCAAAAUGCAACAAUUACAUGGGCGUCGGAAGGUGAAUGA